AUGACGGAUAUAAUGGCCAACCAAGCCAGGCAACCACCUGACACUUUGAAUUUCCUGCCGACCGAGAUUUUACAACUUAUUGCAAUAGCACUUCCGUCGCAAUCAGCUCUGAAAUUCAUCCAUUGUUGCAGAAGGGUACACGAGGCGUGCAAUCAGCCUGGUGUCUGGCGCGAAAAGAUUCGCUUGAAUUCUGGAUUUGCCACUCAUCCGAUUGUAUCGCGGGAUUCUGGCGGGAUGAUUUGGAAGAACUUUGUUAUCGCAGAUGCUAAGACAAGCAAUGUUACCUACGAAGACAAACUGUUGUUUUGGUUGCCGCAAGCGAUGAUAUAUUAUCAUGAAGUGUGUUCUACCCUCAAAUUCAACGAACUCCACAUUCUGUCUCUUCCAACACAUUACUCGUCUGAUAUGCCACUAUUUGAGGGUAGAAUGCCUACUGUAUCUCCAGGGAUCAUGCUAUAUUACCCUGUGGACGUUCAAUCUUCUAUUGUUAUUGAUGUGUGGCAUAAGACACAAGCCGCUAGCUUUUGCUUUACAGCAGCGAUACUAAAAAGAAUCUCUCUUGAUCAGAGCCAAGUUAGUAAUCUAUGGGCUCCUGCCAAAAGAUUUCUCGAGACAUCUCCCUGGACGGUAAUUCAAGACAUUACGCCAGAAUCAAGACCUGCUGAGUACCUCAAGCUUGCGGUCAUACUUCACACACUUGCCAACAAAGCCAUUGGCUUUAUUGCUAUCGAGCUAUGGGCCUAUCUGACUGAGAAACGAAACGACCUUAGUUGGGAGCCCGACGGAACAUCCAACCCGCCUCUGAUAGAGAGGAUUUCAUUUCCUAUGUUGAUGAACGUACCAAGUUUAUUUGAGGCCGAAGCCUUAAAAGACUUUAGCCUUUGCCAUAUCAAUAAGAUGGCUGCCCCUGAAUUCUUCACGGGCUCUCAAUGGAUCGGCUAUGAACUUGUGAUUCAUUUAUCACGGCAAAGACGUUGGCCCCUGUAUACGUGGGACGGUAUUGGUGGGGAGAAUGCAGAAAUGAAAUACAGGCAUUAUGAGCAACCACCACAUACUAACGGCAACUUGGAAGAUAGAUGGGUAGAGAGACAUGCAACUUUCACUCUUCGCGGCUGGGUAGAUCCAAGGAGCUAUGUCCUACAAUCCAACUACUUUCAUGCCGGACGCGAAACACAUUGUCUUACGUUGAAAGUGGAUAGCUUGACUGGAAUGAUCUCUGUGAUUCGCCAUGUCGACUUUCAUCAUGUUCGUAGGCGAGGUAGCUUUGGUGUUAUGACACCAUUUGGGGUUCUUCUUGGGGGGCAUUCUCCUGGUUACUGGUUGUGGCUGUGGAAGCUUGAUUGGAGCACGCCCGAUUCUCAUUGGGAGCGAUGA